AUGACUGAUCUAGGAAAUAUGGUUUAUUUUCUAGGGAUGAAGAUUAUGUACUAUGAGAAAGGCAUAAUUUUACAUCAGCUGAAAUAUGAACUUGAGCUUCUGAAGAGGUUUGAAUUGCUGAGUUGUAAAGUUAUUGUCACACCUGCUGAUGCAAAUCAAAAAUUGGAUUCUGAUGGUGAUGAUGUGGAUGCGGCAAUGUUCAAGCAGUUGAUAGGGUCUCUGAGGUAUUUGUGUAAUACCAGACUUGAUAUUUUCUAUGCAGUUGGAAUGAUGAGUGUGUUUAUGAGUAAGCCGAAGUGGUAUCGUUACCAAGAUGCUAUCAUAAUUCUAAGGCAUAUAAAAGGAACUCAUAAGUAUGGAGUUUUGUUCCCUUCUGGUGCUGAAGCUGACUCAAAACUUCUGAGUUACUCAAAUUUUGAUUGGUGUGGAGACAGAGUUGACAGAAGAAGUACUUCUGGGUACUUGUUUAAGUUUAUGAGAAGUCCUAUUUCUUGGUGUUUCAAGAAGCAGUCAGUUGUUGCUCUAUCAACCUAUGAAGCAUAA